CAACUCUAUUUUGGAUUAAUUACUGUGUUCAUAAUGUCAAUUUCUAUUCUGUAGGUGACUGGGACUGUCAUCCUCUGGACCCAACUGUGUGGCAUCAUCCAGUGAGCUGGCAGCCAUCCAAAGAGGGAGAUCAUUUGAUUGGCCGGAUCACUCUAAGUAAGCGCUCCACCAUGCCACGAGAAGCCGGAUCCCUGCUGGGUCUGAAGGUGGUUGGUGGAAAAAUGACAGAGUCAGGGAGACUGGGGGCCUUUAUCACCAAAGUAAAGAAAGGAAGUUUGGCUGACAUUGUAGGCCAUUUACGAGCAGGCGAUGAGGUGUUACAGUGGAAUGGAAAGGCGUUGCCUGGAGCAACUAAAAAGGAAGUGUACAAUAUUAUUCUAGAGUCCCAGUCAGCACCUCAAGUGGAAAUAGUUGUUUCCAGACCAAUUGGAGAAACUCCAAGACUUCCGGGAACAUCACAUCCUCCUCUAGAAUCAACUGGUUCGAGUUCUAUAGAUGAAUCCCAAAAGAUGGACCGUCCAUCCAUCUCUGUAAUGUCACCGACUAGUCCUGGGAUGUUGAGAGACCUCCCUCUGGUACUGCCAGGCCAGCUGUCGGUGAAAUUAUGGUAUGAUAAAGUGGGCCAUCAGCUUAUUGUCAAUGUCCUACAAGCACGAGAACUGCCCCCUCGACCAGACGGACGACCCAGAAAUCCCUACGUCAAAAUGUAUUUUCUUCCUGAUAGAAGUGACAAGAGCAAGAGACGGACGAAAACGGUGAAGAAGAGUGCAGAGCCAAAGUGGAACCAGACGUUCCUGUAUUCUCACGUUCACCACAGAGACUUCAGAGAGCGCAUGCUGGAGAUCACUGUUUGGGACCAGCCCAGAGUCCAGGAGGAAGAGAGUGAAUUUCUGGGAGAGAUUCUGAUCGAGCUGGAAACAGCUCUAUUGGAUGACCAGCCACACUGGUACAAAUUGCAGACCCAUGAUGUGUCAUCCCUACCAUUGCCCCAGCCGUCCCCCUGCCUCCUUCGCAGACAUGUUCAUGGAGACAGUCCAAGUAAAAAGCUGCAAAGAUCUCAUCGCAUCAUUGAAACAGAUUAUGAUGAUGGUAUAACAGUAGUGUCCUCAGCAGCAGAGAGGAACUCCAGAGACAGGGAGAGGUCAAGCACACUGACCGUACCUGAGAGACAGGCGGCCAUACAGCAUCGCUCGCGGUCAGUAUCCCCACACAGAGAAGACCAAUGCAGAGCCCGCUCUCGACCUGCACACGUCCCUAUGCAGAGGAGUCUGGAUGAGAUCCACAAAAACCGCCAUCAUUCCUACUCUCCCUCUCACUACCACGACUCCCACCAGGAACAUCGCUCCGGAGAUUCUGACUAUGAAUAUUCAGAGGACAGCGAGGUCCUGGAGAUGCACAGAUCAAUCCGAGGUGGGAGUGCUGAGUGCCUGCAUACAAACAGGAAAUUAGCUAGGCACUGUAACACACUUCCCCCAAAGAUGCCCUUGUUAGUGAAUGGUAUACAUAAAGAUAUUUACAGCUCUACCCUCCCUGCAUGCUUAAAGAACAAACCGUCCCGGCGAACAGAGAGGGAUGGUGUUAUCCCUCUUAGUGCCAUUCCACAGCGUGUUCUCAGGUUCACAGACGAGGUCAGCUCUGGUGACCUUCAGCCUUCAUUAGACAGAAUAAGAAGUGCCAGUACAACUUGCUUGAGACCAGAGUCAAACUUCCACUUACAUGAAAGAGAAAGUCAUUUUCCAUCUCACAGGCAUUCUGGCAAUUUGGAUAGGCCAAGCUGUCAGAUAGCUAACAAGAAAACCAUUGAUGGCGACAGACUUCAGCCCACCUCUAUCCUCAGGGGUGGCAGGAGGAGGAGAGAGCCUCCCCUCAGGCCCUUUGGCCAGACCAGCUUAGGGGGUUCCUGCCCUAACUCCCCACGAGCUGACAGAGAACUUCAGCAUGGUGGACAUUAUACCCCGGCAGGGACCACGUCAUUAGGGCGCAGGGGCAGACAGCUGCCACAACUUCCUGCAAAGAGCAGCAGUAUAGAGCAAGACCAUGUCAACAGUAAACCUGAGGAGAAACCUAACUCAGCACUAGCAGUGGAAGAGCGGGCUCGUCAGUUGCAAAUGAGAGUACAUUCCUAUCGGCCAGGCUCUUCUGCCAGCUCUGGUCACGACCCAGAGGCAGAGCUCAAAAACAGGAGAGAUAUGUAUAAGGAUCAGAGGAGGAGUUGUGAUAACAUGUCUGCGAGGUCAUCAGACAGUGACAUGAGCGAUGCAUCAGCUAUCUCCCGUGCCAGCAGUGCCUCACGGCUGAGCGCCACCAGCUACAUGUCCAUCCAGUCUGAGAGACCACAUGGGAGAAUCAGGUCAAAGUCGUUGGAGAGUUGUAAAGGAGAUGAAAAGAAGGAGAGAAGGAUUUCAUGGGGGGUGAAUGGAACAGACAACAGGAGGAGUCUAGGAAAGAGACGUUUCUCUGAGGAGCUUAAACGCAGACGUCAUACGGUGGCUGGAGAUGUGAGUCGACAAGUCAGAGCCUCAUCUGGUCGAAGCAUGCUAAAGAGCACAAGCGUUAGCGGUGACAUCAACAUGUCGGAGCGAACAGACGGCAGCCAGUCUGACACUGCCCUGGGAACAGUUGGAACUGGAGCGAAAAAGCGCCGCUCCAGCCUCAAUGCUCGAUUCGUGGCUAUCGUGGGAAACCGUCGCAGCCGAAGCACCUCACAGAUCAGUCAAACGGAGGCAUCCAAUAAGAAGUCAAAGGGCAGUCAAGGGACGAUCCAGCGCAGUCAGGAGACGGGAAUGGCUGUGGAAUUGCAGAGGAAUAUGAGUCGUCAACCCAGCCGUGAAUCUAACAACGGAAGCAUGAACAGCUACAACUCUGAGGGCAGUCCAAUCUUCCCAGCAGUUCGAGUCGAGACUCAGUUCAGUGACUUCCUGGAUGGACUGGGCCCUGCUCAACUAGUUGGUCGACAAACCCUUGCCACACCAGCAAUUGGUGACAUUCAAAUUGGCAUGGUGAAUAAGAAAGGCCAGCUGGAGGUGGAGGUGAUAAGAGCACGAGGUCUCAUCCAAAAACCAGGGUCCAAAUCACUCCCCGCUCCAUAUGUCAAAGUCUAUCUUCUACACAAUGGGGCGUAUGUAGCUAAGAAGAAGACAAAAAUUGCACGCAAGACACUCGACCCGCUGUACCAGCAAACGCUGCAGUUUGAAGAAAGUCCACAGGGUAAAGUGUUACAAGUAAUUGUCUGGGGAGAUUAUGGGCGAAUGGACCACAAAUCCUUCAUGGGAGUUGCACAAAUCCUACUAGAGGAGCUGGACCUCGCCAGCAACGUGAUUGGCUGGUACAAACUUUUCCCGCCUUCUUCCCUAGUUGACCCAACUCUUGCCUCUCUAACUCGACGUGCUUCUCAGUCAUCCCUGGACAGUUCGCCGGCACCUGCGGGGGUUCGAUCGUAGUGGACUAAUAACAUAAAGCACAGUCUGAGAGACAACAGGACAACAAUAAGAGCCAGGCAGAAAAUGCGAUGAAAUAACACAAAGCUUUGUUCAAAUCUGACAAUCACUCCUGUGACUUUGUUUUUGUUUUCCUGUUUGUGGGUAGCCCGUGUUCUGCCAACUUUGUUUGUCCUAAACGAAAUCGUUUGUUUCUCUCACUGUUUGUUGCGUGAGAUUUAGGGCUGUCUACACUAGCACGCGGGAAGCACCGCUUUAGGGCGACAUAGAAAGCAGGGUGAUAUUCAGUCAAGUCUUCAUUGAAAUGUACGUUAGCUAGUUUUUAACAAAGCAUCAGAAUGUAUCAACCCAAAAACAAAGGUGACCUCUGACCAAGGGAUUGUGGGGCCUCAGUCGAGGCCCUAUCUAAACCCUGUUUGUACUGAAAGUGAAAGGUCAGGAACUUGAAAGACGUAGGGCGUACCCUGGGGAGGUUGUCUGGAAGGGCAGGGCCUUUCUUGGUGCCUAAACCUGGAGGACCCAAAGCCAUGGUCCAUUUCCUCCAAAAAAGUUCCUCUGUUUUCAACAUAUGUGACAGCUAACGGAGGCCGCUCUCGUCAUUUAUUUAGCUUCUUUUUUUUAACAUCUCUAGCACGUUUUAUGAAAAACAACAGGUUUGUGUUGCCCAGUGUGCUGUGAAAAUGACAGGAAAUGCUAAAAAUGAAAUCGAAGACAACGUAUCUGGAAAUACACACAUUUCUUUGCACAUUUUUACUUACUUUUGUUAACUGAAACUAUUACAUUAUCCUACAGUACGUUGCAAUACAUCAUCUUAUUCAGUGAAUUGAAUUCGAUUUUUAGAUGUUUACACUUAUCAUUAAAUGCUAUUAAAAAGUAGAUAUUUAGUUCAUGAAAAACACUAUGUACCAAGAUAAACAUAUUUGUGACCCUAGACCAUAAAAGCAGU